AUGCAGGAGCUUCCCACCUGCGCCUGGCGGUGAGUUGUUUCCACAAUUCGUAUAGAUAUACAAUUAAAUGGACCCCCAAACAUUACCUCAAACAUUGGUAAACAUAUUGUUGGGGGAAAGUAAACUGUGGUUGCUCUCACAUUUCAAAAUACUGUGUGGGUAGUUCUAAAUGGGAAAAUGACGCAUACAUCUGCCUACUUAAUUUCUUAGCCCCUUACCACUGUGUGAGCCAUGUUGACCUACAUACAGUGAUUUUGAGAAGUGUAGAGUAGCAUUUUACCACAGAGAGACUCUCUGCUACAUGCAACCUUACAGUAUGUAGGUCAGUGGAAGAAGCCUCUCUGACAUCUCAAUGUCAUUCAUUAACUCACUUGACUCUGAAGGUUCUAAGUAAUAUCACUACCAUCCAGCAUAACACCCUCUUUUAUUCUGCAUUACACCAGACAAUGCACCAUUGAGUCAUAGAAAGACACUAAAGUUAGAUCUUGCAGUGACAUAAUAUUAUUGCUAGAUAUAGACAGAACUUUAAGAGAGGGAGGAGGGGAAGAGCGAGAUAAAGGGGGAGAGAGAUGUGGUAUUGAUGAAUUGCAGCUAGUUAUACAGUAUACAGUACACAAGCAAUUGUCAUGUCAGCAAGUUUACUGAGAGUUGCUGACUUUGUUUGAAUAAAAUUGAUUUAAUAAUCUAUUGAACAGUGUCUGUAGUGCAGUUGGAUUCCUUCCUUGUUCUCACUGCCCCUCUCAUCUAUUAAAUUAUAUUUCAGAUAAUGACCAUAUGAAAAACACUUAAUAGCAUGAGGAUAAUAUGUUGUCCCCAUUCUACCCAGGCCUCUUCCCAAAAAUGUACAAACUGUACUCGCCACAGUACAAUAAUAAUAAUAAUAAUACAUGGAAUUUAAUGCGCCUUUUGAAAAACCCACAGACACUGUACAGCAAAGAGUAUAGAACAAAAACAAGAAUAAGACAAUAAAAUGAAUACAAGCUACUUAGACAUCCUUUUUCCAGAUCAAACCGGUUCAGCAAGCUUUGAGAUUUGGUUUGGUCAAAAACACAUUUAUUAAUCUGGUGUGUUCCAUAAUGCUCUGAUGCUAUGCACACACACUGGACUCUACCCACACACUCACACAUAUUUACACUGACACCCCAACACACACACACACACACACACACACACACACACACACACACACACACACACACACACUACAUACGCCCACACACAACACACACACACAUGCAUACUGCCUCCACAAACACACUCAUUCACACUUUCACACUCACCACAUAUGCUGCUGCUACUGUCUAUUAUCUAUCUGUUAACUAGUCACUUUACCCCUACCUAUACACUGAGUGUAUAAAACAUCAAAUAACACCUGCUCUUACCAUAACAUAGACUGACCAGGUGAAUCCAGGUGAAAGUUAUGAUCCCUUGUUGAUGUCACUUGUUAAAUCCACUUCAAUCAGUGUAGAUGAAGGGGAGAAGACAGGUUAAAGAAGGAUGUUUAUGCCUUGAGACAACUGAGACAUGGAUUGUGUAUGUGUGCCAUUCAGAGGGUGAAUGGGCAAGAACAAAUAUUUAAGUGCCUUUGAACAGGCUAUGGCAGUAAGUGCCAGGUGCACUGGUUUGAGUGUGUCAAGAACUGCAACGCUGCUGGGUUUUUCACACUCAACAGUUUCCCAUGCGUAUCAAGAAUGGUCCAACAUGCUAUUGUGUGUGUUUUUUCGCGUUAUUUGUAACUUAUUUUGUACAUAAUGUUUCUGCCACCGUAUCUUAUGACCGAAAAGAGCUUCUGGAUAUCAGGACAGUGAUUACUCACCUCGUACUGGACAAAGAUUUUUUCUUUAACGAGUCGGGCGCGAAGCAUUUACUUCAGACACCCGACAAGGCCCAAAUCCCUGUCAUUCGCAAGAGAAAGAGACUGAGAUAUCGGGGACGUAGGUUGGGGUGCCUUGUAAGGAUCCGGCGGCGAGUGGAUAUUCUGCCUCUACCAUCAGUCCUAUUAGCCAACGUACAAUCAUUGGAUAACAAAAUAGACGCGCUACGAUCACGAAUAUCCUACCAACGGGACAUUAAAAACUGUAAUAUCUUAUGUUUCACCGAGUCGUGGCUGAAUGACGACAUGAAUAACAUACAGCUGGCGGGGUUUACGCUGCAUCGGCAAGAUAGAACAGCUGCCUCCUGUAAGACAAGGGGUUGUGGUCUGUGUAUAUUUGUAAACAACAGCUGGUGCACAAAAUCUAAUAUUAAGGAAGUCUCAAGGUUUUACUCUCCUGAGGUAGAGUAUCUCAUGAUAAGCUGUAGACCACACUAUUUACCAAGAUAGUUUUUUUUCAUAGCUGUCUAUUUACCACCACAAACCGAUGCUAACACUAAGACCGCACUCAAUGAGCUGUAUAAGGCCAUAAGCAAACAGGAAAACGCUCAUCCAGAGGCGGCGCUCCUAGUGACCGGGGACUUUAAUGCAGGGAAACUCAAAUCAGUUUUACCUAAUUUCUACCAGCAUGUUAAAUGUGCAACUAGAGGAAAAAAACUCUAGACCACCUUUACUCCACACACAGAGAUGCGUACAAAGCUCUCCCUAGCCCUGUCACGAGAAUUUCUAUCUCUAAUUAAUCAAACUUAAUGCUUUGAAUAAUUCCCAGAGGGUGUAAGGCUCUGGUUUAAUCAUGAAUUAAACGAAGGUCCGCAACCAACAAGAAUGAUCUGUAUGUUUUAAUCAUGGAGAGCUCUCCCGCCAAAAAAUACAUACACAGCCUUUAUACCCCCUGACACACAAAGGCACUUUGCUCCGCCCACCUUUAAACAGCUUCUCAGUCCCCUUCACCCUGGAAUGCUUUCUCAGCAGUUUCUAACUCCUCCCCCUCUGUUAGUGGGUUGACACUACAUUAUAACUCUAACACCGUUCACACAUUUAUACUGUAUUUGGGGUGAAAUCCUUUAGUCAUUAUUCUUAAAAUACAAAUUAAUCUAUCAAUCCAUCCCUUUGACUAAAUGUUUUCACAUUCAGGAUAAAUGUGUUUACAAGCAUGAUUAAUCUCAGAGAUUACGUCAGAACUAAUAAACAUUUCAUCCAAUUGCGGUCUUUCAGGGUCAAAAUCCUCGUCAUCCACCAAGCCUGGAGGAUCGUUUUUCACAUUCCCCUGGUCAGAGUCCGGAGUCGGUCCAUCUCUCAUCAUUGUUGAGAUGCUGCAUUUCACCAACGCCUUACUCACCAAUCCUCGUACACAGGGAACAAGACAACAACCACAUAAUACAAGAAUACCCAUACAAACACUGACCACCCCUAAGAUGGUGGCUGCUAUGGUUUUCCAUUUACCAAACAUUUCAUCAAACCACCCUAUCCACGAUGUACUAACUUCUGAGUUCUCAGCUCAUUCUUCACUUAGUGCAGUUAAUUCUGCAAGAGCUCUGGUGACUGUCCCAUCCGGUGUGGUGUUGUUAGGGAUAAAAUGUGCAACAAUGGCUUAUCAUUCUAUAGACACCGGCCCUUUCUGCCUGAUCUAGAGCCAACCUCUUUUACUAAGUAAUGAGUUGGAUGUCAGAUAAUUGUUCAGAGAUCCCUUUUACUGCAUCCCUAGUCUAGCCAAUAAAUCGUUGUUGGUCGUAAUAGAUAUAAUUAAUCCAAUCCACAAUUUUGUUUAUUGUCACCCACCAAAAGAACGUGGUAGUAAACCCUUCCCCUAAUUCUUUCAUAGCUUGUUAUCCAUCCGAUACCCCCCUUGGUAUCCCAAUCGCAUCCAUCUAAAUAGGGCUAUUCUCCUUUUUGUUAAAACUCCUCCCACGUCUGUUUAACCCUUUCCUUGGUUCCUGGUGACUAAUUCUAACUAGCUGAAUCAGUAGAACCAGGGCGCACGUAUCUAGCCACCCUUUUGGUAUUCUCUGCCUUAUACUGCCUUUACUGGUACACACUCACCACACAUCGGUUACAGGGGCUGUAAGGUUCAAAAUUCUCUCCUGUGCUUCUGAACUUAAGUCAAUCACAUUACCACUAUCUCCAAUUGAUAAUUGGUGAUGUCUUUGUUUCUCUUUACCCCCCAACUGGAUGUUCAGUCCCGCCCGGUCUCAUAUUCCCGUCCCCAAGUGUGUUUAAACACUAGAGUCUAGGAACAAUCCGCCGUGGGGGCCGAACAUGAAUAUAAUGGGAUUUUAUAAUCCCAAAUUGCUUAUUGACCUGUACCCCACCCGUUUGCUAUGUCCCUAACCUUUAUUUUGAAUCCUACAGUCUGCCCUUCUCUGAUUCCCAUUUUGUAGGCCACUCGUCCUUGACGGUCAGUAUGUCGGGUCGCUUCUCUUCUCUUUUACUUCUUAACAAUGGUAAGGGCAUAGCGUAAUUGGUGGUGGAUCUUGACAUAUCAAGACCAUUGCCGAGACUAUGAUGCAGCUCAAGUACCCCUAUUCCCAAAAACCGCCAACCCUCUCCUGUCCUCAGUCUUUCUGCUUGGUACUACCCCAUACUCACACCCUGAGAACACACUACAGUGAUGAUAGGUCGGGGAAGGAGAUCUUCGUUAACAGAGGAGAUCCCCAGACCCUUUCGGUCCAGUUCUUAUCUCUAACUCUGUGUGUGUCCAGUGGUGCUUGUAUGUGUUCUUACCUUUUUGCAGUGGGUAACGUGGACCCAGGUUGCUCUUUCUGCUAUUCUAAUGGCAAAGGCGGUGACCAAUAUAAUCUGAUAGGGCCCUUCCCAACAGGCCUGCUUCCAGUCUUUCUUCUUUAGGGACUGGAUCCUCACCAGUCACCUGGUUAGAUAGAGUGGGUCACCUUCUCCUUUAGUUCACCUGUAGGGCACAAAACCUCUGACAUACCGGUGUGGUUAAUAACUACCUUCUCACGUUGUACCCCAUUUCUUCCUGUUCUCCUGUGUGUUUUCCUUAACCCCUCUCUAAUCAUAUCGUUCACAUCAGUAUUGUCUUUCUAGACUGUAUCUAAAAAAAAUGUUUUUUUUUAAAAAGUAUUUUGUCCUCUCCUUCGUAUAUUAUUUAAUCCUACCACUAGCCUCUUCCCCCCUCUUGACACAUGGUUCUGCUCAUGUGUCAAUAUUACCACCUACGUAAACAAUCACUUAGGUAAUAUUGGUAAUUUAUCAUCCAAUUGCCAUCCCUUAUUUAUUUUUGAGACUGUUCCUUGCUUCUAUAUUGCUCCUCCCACUUCCUUUGUCUUUUAUGGCUGUCAGAGUGGUGUGUGUAGAUGAGUGGAAGGAAUCAAGCGCAGGAACCAGGAUGACUUCAACCGUCUUUUUAGUAACGUUCAAACACGUGAACAAAAUAGUCGCCAACCCAACCGGGUGGCGCAAAACAAUUACGCACAAACACAGUGCGAAAUACACAAGAAAAGCGCACGCAGUGCGAACUCUCGGGACAAGCAACAACGAGAGAAAUGUAACCAUACAGAGGCAGUCUGACAAUAAACAAUCACGCAUAACACCUGACCCAAACAAACGAAACUAAAUAGGGAACAUCAUCAAACACAAACAAGGGACAGGUGUUACAAAGAGACAAAACCAAACGAACAAGAAACAUAGAACGGUGGCAGCUAGUACUCCGGAGACGACGACCGCCGAAGCCUGCCCGAACAAGGAAGAGGAGCAGCCUCGGCCGAAACCGUGACAGUACCCCCCCCUUGACGCGCGGCUCCAGCCGUGCGCCGACCCGGGGCUCGGGGACGACCCGGACGACGCGGAGCAGGGCGCGCAGGAUGACCCCGAUGGAACUCGGUCAGCAGGGACUGGUCCAAUAUGUCCCUCCUUGGCACCCAGCACCGCUCCUCCGGACCGUACCCCUCCCACUCCACGAGAUAUUGAAGACCCCCCAUCCGGCGUCUCGAAUCAAGGAUGGACCUCACGGUGUACGCCGGAGCCCCCUCGAUGUCCAACGGGGGUGGAGGAGUCUCCUCAAUCUCAAAGUCCUGGAGUGGACCAGCUACCACCGGCCUGAGGAGAGACACAUGGAACGAGGGGUUAAUAUUCUUGUAAUCAAUAGGUAGUUCUAACCUGUAACUCACCUCGUUCAAUCUCCUCAGGACUUUAAAGGGCCCCACAAACCGCCGACCCAGCUUCCGGCAGGGCAGGCGGAGGGGCAGGUUUCUGGUUGAGAGCCAGACUCGAUCUCCAGGUGCGUACACUGGCCCCUCACUGCGGUGUAGGUCGGCGCUCGUCUUCUGUCGACGUAUGGCACGCUGCAGAUGGACGUGUGCAGCGUCCCACGUCUCCUCCGAGCGCCGCACCCACUCAUCCACAGCGGGGGCCUCGAUCUGGCUCUCAUGCCAUGGUGCCAGAACCGGCUGGUACCCUAAUACACACUGAAAAGGGGUUAGUUGGGUGGAGGAGUGGCGAAGAGAGUUCUGUGCCAUCUCGGCCCAGGGCACAUAUCUCGCCCACUCCUCCGGCCGGCCCUGACAGUAUGACCUCAGAAACCUACCCACAUCCUGGUUCACACGUUCAACCUGCCCAUUACUCUCCGGGUGGUAACCCGAGGUAAGGCUUACCGAAACCCCCAACCGUUCCAUAAAUGCUCUCCACACUCUGGAGGUGAACUGGGGGCCUCGGUCAGACACUAUAUCCUCGGGUACCCCGUAAUGCCGGAAGACAUGGGUGAACAGAGCCUCUGCGGUCUGUAGGGCAGUGGGUAGACCCGGCAUGGGAAGGAGACGACAGGCCUUCGAGAACCGAUCCACAACGACCAGGAUGGUAGUAUUCCCCUGUGAGGGGGGAAGGUCGGUAACAAAAUCCACCGAGAGGUGGGACCAGGGUCGUUGUGGAAUAGGCAGGGGUUGUAACUUACCCCUGGGCAAAUGUCUGGGCGCCUUACACUGGGCACACACCGAACAGGAGGAGACAUAAAUCCUCACAUCCCUAGCUAACGUUGGCCACCAGUACUUCGUGCUAAGGCAGUGCACUGUCCGGCCGAUACCCGGAUGGCCAGAGGAGGGGGACGUAUGAGCCCAACAAAUGAGGCGAUCGCGUACCUCGAGCGGAACGUACGUCCGACCCACUGGACACUGUGGAGGACUCGGGUCGGUACGUAACGCCCGCUCGAUCUCGCCAUCAACCUCCCACACCACCGGUGCAACCAGACAAGACUCUGGUAGUAUGGGCGUGGGCUCAACGGACCUCUCCUCCGCGUCAUACCGCCGAGACAGAGCAUCUGCCUUCCCGUUCUGGGACCCAGGGAUGUAUGUGAUCUUAAACACAAACCGGGCUAGAAACAUAGUCCAGCGGGCCUGGCGAGGAUUCAGUCUCCUAGCUGCCCGGAUGUACUCCAGGUUACGAUGGUCAGUUAGAAUGAGGAAAGGGUGUUGAGCCCCCUCGAGCCAAUGCCGCCACACCUUUAGGGCCUGUACCACGGCUAACAGCUCCCUGUCUCCUACAUCAUAAUUCCGCUCCGCCGGACUGAGCUUCUUUGAAUAAAACGCACAGGGACGGAGUUUAGGUGGAGUGCCAGAACGCUGGGAAAGAACGGCCCCUAUCCCGGCCUCUGACGCGUCCACCUCUACCUGGAACGGUAAAGAGGGAUCCGGAUGCGCCAACACCGGCGCCGAGGUAAACAGGUCCUUCAGUCUCCCAAAUGCCCUGUCCGCCUCAGCUGACCACCGCAAGCGCACCGGACCCCCCUUUAACAGAGACGUUAUGGGAGCUGCCACCUGUCCAAAACCCCGGAUAAACCUCCGGUAAUAAUUCGCAAAACCCAAGAACCGUUGCACCUCCUUCACAGUGGUUGGGGUCUGCCAAUUACGCACAGCUGACACCCGGUCUACCUCCAUCUUCACCCCUGACGCAGACAACUGGUAACCCAGAAAGGAGACCGACUUCUGAAAAAACAGACAUUUCUCUGCCUUGACAUAUAGGUCAUGCUCCAACAGCCUCCUCAAUACUCGGCGCACCAGGGCUACAUGCUCUGCACGGGUAGGACUGUACACCAGAAUGUCGUCGAUGUACACAACUACUCCCUGUCCCUGCAUGUCCCGGAAAAUCUCAUCGACGAAGGAUUGGAAGACUGAGGGAGCAUUCAUUAACCCAUAUGGCAUGACUAGAUACUCGUAGUGUCCGGAAGUCGUGCUAAACGCUGUCUUCCAUUCAUCGCCCUCUCUAAUGCGCACCAAGUUAUAUGCGCUCCUGAGAUCCAAUUUUGUAAAGAACUGCGCACCGUGCAGUGACUCCGUCAUAGUCGCAAUCAGAGGAAGUGGAUAGCUGUACUUCACUGUGAUCUGAUUGAGACCGCGGUAAUCAAUACACGGGCGCAGACCUCCAUCCUUUUUCUUCACAAAAAAGAAACUCGAGGAAGCGGGUGAAGUGGAGGCCCGUAUGUAUCCCUGUCUAAGAGACUCAGCGAUGUACGUCUCCAUUGCCUUUCUCUCCUCUUGAGACAAGGGAUACACAUGGCUCCGCGGGAGAGCUGCUCCUGACUGGAGAUCUAUCGCACAAUCCCCCCGUCUAUGAGGCGGCAGCUGCGCCGCCCUAGUCUUACUAAACGCCAGUUUCAAAUCCUCAUACUCGGGGGGAAUAUGCAGUGCUGUCAUUAGAUUCGGACUUUCCACCGAGGUCGCCCCUAUGGAAACACCCAGACACCGCCCCUCACACUGGGCAGACCACCCUUUAAGAGCUUUCUCUCGCCACAUAAUAGUAGGGUCAUGGGUCAUCAACCAGGGAAGACCCAGCACUACCGGAUACGCAGGAGAGUCAAUCAGAUAGAGCUGAAUUAUCUCCUCAUGACCCUCCUGCGCCAUCAUCUGAAGGGGUGCUGUGACCUCCCUAAUCAACCCAGACCCUAACGGACGGCUAUCUAGGGCAUGAACGGGAAAAGGCUUAUCAACUGGAAGGAGGGGAAUCCCUAACUCUAUACAGAACUGGCGAUCUACAAAAUUCCCAGCUGCGCCUGAAUCUACCAGCGCCUUAUGCUGGGAACGAGGUGCAACCUGUGGAAAACAAACAGGCAAGGUUAGGUGCACGACAGAAAGCUCUGGGUAAGUAGGGCGCCUACUCACCUGGGGGGACCUCCCAAUGCGUGACCUGCCUUCUCCCUCACCGGGGGACCCUCCCCAACACCUAGCCGCGGUGUGCCCUCCACGGCCACAGUUAGUGCAGGGACCGGGCCCCCUCGGGUUCCUACUCCUCCGUUCCCUAGCGCCAGCACCCCCGAGCUCCAUAGGGCUCGGCUCGGAGGUGCUGGAGAGUGGAAUGGGCGAACCCCCCCCCGGGACGUCCACGGGUGGCGAGCAGGGUAUCCAGCCGAAUGGCCAUGUCGACAAGCUGGUCAAAGGUCAACGAGGUGUCCCUGCACGCCAACUCUCGCUGGACGUCCUCCCGGAGGCUGCAGCGGAAGUGGUCGAUAUGGGCCCGCUCAUUCCACCCUGCAUCGGCCGCUAGGGUCCGGAACUCCAAUGCAAAGUCCUGGGCGCUCCUCAUCCCCUGUCGGAGGUAGAACAGACGCUCCCCCGCCGCCUUCCCCUCUGGUGGAUGGUCAAACACAGCACGGAAGCGGCGGGAGAACUCCGCAUAGUUAGUGGUAGCGGCGUCCAUUCUCCUCCAUUCAGCGUUGGCCCACUCCAACGCCUUGCCGGUGAGACAGGAGAUGAGGGCUGAGACGCUCUCGUGUCCCGAGGGCGCCGGGUGUACGGUGGCGAGGUAGAGCUCCACUUGCAGCAGGAACCCUUGACACCCGGCAGUGGAGCCGUCGUACGCCCUCGGGAGCGAGAGCCGAAUCCCACUGGGUUCCGGAGAUGAGGCAGGAGGACUGACCGAUGGGGAUGGUUCGGUUCGUGGGGGCGUGGGUACCCCGCUGGUUUCCCAUCGGUGAAGAGUGUUCAUCACCCCCUCCAGGGCAUGACAGACCUGGUUAAUACGAUCCUCCUGUCCACGAAGACGUUCCUCCAUCCUGGCUGUUGGCGCGGUCGCUCCUGCUGAUUCCAUGGAUAGAUGCGUGAUUCUGUCAGAGUGGUGUGUGUAGAUGAGUGGAAGGAAUCAAGCGCAGGAACCAGGAUGACUUCAACCGUCUUUUUAGUAACGUUCAAACACGUGAACAAAAUAGUCGCCAACCCAACCGGGUGGCGCAAAACAAUUACGCACAAACACAGUGCGAAAUACACAAGAAAAGCGCACGCAGUGCGAACUCUCGGGACAAGCAACAACGAGAGAAAUGUAACCAUACAGAGGCAGUCUGACAAUAAACAAUCACGCAUAACACCUGACCCAAACAAACGAAACUAAAUAGGGAACAUCAUCAAACACAAACAAGGGACAGGUGUUACAAAGAGACAAAACCAAACGAACAAGAAACAUAGAACGGUGGCAGCUAGUACUCCGGAGACGACGACCGCCGAAGCCUGCCCGAACAAGGAAGAGGAGCAGCCUCGGCCGAAACCGUGACAAUGGCGGCUAAAUUGGACUUUCAUUCAGUUCAGAAUCAAUAGUAAUCCAAUCAAUCAAUCUCUUAUCUUUGUAAAAACACUCAUGUUUAGUUCAAACUCUGUUCUACCCCGGCUCUCCCGGGCUUGACCUGAAGACUGAUGGUUGGACAUGACAGGUCCAUACUUAAAUCUUUCAAACCUAACACAAACCCCCCUUCAUGCUGUAAUCAAUCAAGAAGAUAGCAAAGGAGAGACAGGUUUUAGCCUGAACUCUGCUCAACCCUGGUGCCGCUCCCUUCACAAUGUUUGAAGAGAGACAAAAGACAGCCAUGGAUUGAAUUAAGAGCAAGCACUUCGACCCUAGGUCACCUUCUGCCUAGCAACAAAGAAUUAAAAAAACUCUAUGUUCGUGAUUGACCCAGUUAUAUCUAAUAGCCCACAAAAAAAACUCCCUCAUCACCAUCUCUAAAUCACGACCAAUGUCAUAUAUCCCUCUUUACUCUCUAAAAUCCCUGUUAUAUGUAGGAAAAGCUAAGACUGUUUGGGAAGUGAGCAACUUUUUUAUCUUCAUAAAUUGUUCUUCCUCCUCAGAGUUCCAAAUGAUUUUACCAUGAGCUGCCAUUGCUUUUCCAUAGAUAAGAUCACUUAAUUUACCAGUAUGCAGUACAUAAUGGAGUACCCAAGCUCUACAGUAUUUCUGCAUUUAUUCCUUAACUCCUCCUUCUUCAUCUAUUUCUGGACAGCUAGUCCCCAUUUUAAAUUAUCCUAUCCAGCUUCCUAUUAUUACUAUCUUCCUGAUCUUAUUAUUAAAUCAAUGAUCUAGGCAAUAGCUGUUUCGCAUUAGAUUGUGCCUUCCUCUGAUUACUGCAGCUCAUUGCAUUAAUUUAGUUUCAAAUACCAACUUGUUGUUUAUUAAAGCAUAAUAAAAAUGAAAUGUAAAUGACAACAUUUGAUAAUAUCUCAACUUACUUCUAUCCCGUAAAAGUAAUCCAAGAUUAGUACUAUUGACUAGCAACAGGUAUCCCUCAUUCAGGGAAAGCUCUCUCCCUCUUCUGUUAUUUUAAUGUUUCAAAUCCUAUUAUUACCAAAUUAUAAUCUUCUUCACACUUUUCACAGCACUAUAAAUUACCCUCAAUUUGAUAAAAUAAACCAUCCCAAAGUCCUCCUCUCAUGCCCCCAGAACCACCAUUGGAUUGGAUGACCAAUCAACACCAGAAAGUCAAAACAGAGCCCAGAGGCCAUUGAAAUCACCCAACAAACCGUUCCAUCCCACAGCAUAGUAAAAAGUCCUCAUGACAUCCACUCCCACAAGAAAUCAUGCACACUCCAAACUCAGUCAAAAACCGAAAAACUCCAUAAAAUUCACUGUGUGUUCUCCUUUAAGACCCAUCACCUAUGAACUGUGUAAAAAACCCUAAAUUCAACAUAACAACCCUCUUUAUAAACAUCAUACUAGGUGUGUUGUUUUAUUUUGAAAAACCCAAUUGAAAAACAACAAUCAAAGAUAGCCAGGCCCCACUUAAUUUGGUAGCUCCCUUUUACGACCUAAAUACUGCCUAACUUCACUACUGCUCCCCCUAGCCCUUGGCAACAUUCCAAUGAGAUAAGCUAAUCUCUUUCUCCUGGUUAUACAAUUUGUCAACCUUCAAUUACCAUCAGUAAUCUAAAGAUGGUAAGUACACACAAAACAUGAUACAGAUAUCCCCAGUCCAAACUAAUCAAUAAUCGUUUGUAUCAAUCUAAUUCCUCAUAAUAAUCUCACAAUGAUUAUUGAACCCCUAAAUAUGCUCCAUGUGAUCUCAUCUCAAAUUAUCCAUUAUCAAUUAUUUUAUCAACCCCCUAGGAAAAUCUGUCUCCCCUUCUAUUGUUCCUUUCGCCCCUGUAAAUGUCAUAUUUCAUUCAUUAGCCAAUACAAUCACAUACUCCGUGUAAGUAAGACAUUAUAUUUUAUCCCAGGCAUCCCCUUAACAUAAUGCUAUAGGAGACUUCCAUCAAUCCUGGAAGACACAAUAUAAUACCACAUUUCAUUAAGUUCACUACACCUUCUAAUAUAACCCUAUAACCCCUUUCUAUUAAUUUAAUCAUUGCAACCUGUUGCAUUGAUGUUUUUAAAAUAUAAACCUAUUGUUUAAUAACUUCAUACUUAUAACCAAUGUUUAUUCAAUCCAUCAUCCUAAUAGUAAAAACGAUAUUCCAUUGUUCACGUAACGAAACCAAAUUAUCGUUUUAGAAUUCAUCAAUUAUUUUCAUACACCACUGGUGUUACCCAACCUAUACAAUAAAGUAAUAACCAUUAGACUUUGUCAAAUAAAUGCUUUUCAUUCAACCAUUCAACCUUUUGCUCGAUACCGUCAAGCAAGUACAACUAUUUUACCCGGGAAGUAGAACCAUAAAUUAUUUUCCUUUGUCCUCAACUUAAAUAAUUUUCACAGCUCUAUCGCCAUUUCAGUUCGCUAUUCAAUUUCUUUAACUGUUCUCUCUGAUUAGGCCCUAUUUAAUAAAACAAAUACUUGCUAUCGUUGAUAAGCAUACAUUUAAUUACAUUCCUAUCAUUUGAACUAUGUACUGUCUCUCACCCCCCCGCUCCUUCCUACACAACGGGGGAGGCGCGGGGACCUGCCCUAAUCAUCUUCCUUCUUAGGAAAUAAUGUCAUUCGUACUUGUAACAUAUUUUCAUAGACCUUUCUAGAAUACUUCUAAAGCUAUCUAAUUCAACUUUUCACAUUUCUUAAUCUACGUAAUAAUCUAGGUCCAUAGCCCCAAUGCGAAAGCUUUACCCACUGUCCCUACCUGGGUUCGAACCUGGGACCCUCUACAUACAUUGCCAGUCACAACUACUUCCAGUUCAUAGAGCAAGUGACGUCACCAAAUGAAAAUCGCACUAGCUCUCACCUCAUUCAGCAACACAAAAACUCUCUCUCCCUACACCCAUUCCCUAUUGAAUAAGUGAGUCUUUCUAUUUAACCCCAACCCCGCUACAAAUCUUCCAUUCAACAUCAACAAACCAAAUACUCAGUAGUAUCCGGUUACCACCCAUACCAGCCGUUGAAUUCACUCAUACACACAGAUUUCACCUUAUGCCAUUGAAAUGCCCAACAAAACAUAAUAGUUCAAUGGAACCCUCUAUUGGCUCUCUACUAUUUAUACAUUACUUCUAUAACCACAUUAGUUAUGGUCCGAUUACCCAUUAAACCUUAUCACAUGAUCAAACAACGGCACAACCUUAAACUCAUAUGGGGCGGCAGGUAGCCCAGUAACCAAGAGCACCGUGUCAGCAACCGAGAGGUCGCCGGUUCCAAUCCCCGAGCCGACCAGGCGAAAAAUCUGCCGAUAUUCCCCCGAGCAAGGCACCCAACCCCAAUUGCUCCUGCAAGUCGCUCUGGACAAGAGCGUCUGCUAAAUGACCAAAAAUGCAAAUGUAAAUAUUCUCUAAGUUCAUACGUAUAUAUUGUUAGAAAUGUAUAGGUACCUCUCAAAUAAUCGCUUCGUGGUGUUUUUAGCCAAUUCUUAAUCAACACAAAUUACUUCUUCAAACAUUUUACCCUGGAACCAAAAAAUAGACUGUCAUUUCCCGUACACUGCCCUUUCCUUUAUCUCUGCAGUCGCGAUGGUUAUGACCUGUUUUGUUACAGUAUUUACACGGGGCCUUACACUCUCUAGCAAAAUUCUCUAGUCUUUCCUGACUCUCCAAAAGCCAUACUCUCGCUGUGUCUAGCCCCUCCCCUCGCUGUUUCUUCAAAUCCGUUCCACAGUUUAGCCUCUAAUUUCUCCACAUCGGGAUGCCCAAUAAAUCCAUACCUCUUCUCCCAAAUGGAUCCAUAAAAUAUAUUUAUUCGAUCCCUUCCUAACAUAUACAGUGGGGAGAACAAGUAUUUGAUACACUGCCGAUUGUGCAGGUUUUCCUACUUACGAAGCAUGUAGAGGUCUGUAAUUUUUAUCAUAGGUACACUUCAACUGUGAGAGAUGGAAUCUAAAACAAAAAUCCAGAAAAUGACAUUGUAUGAUUUUUAAGAAAUUAAUUUGCAUUUUAUUGCAUGACAUAAGUAUUUGAUCACCUACCAACCAGUAAGAAUUCCGGCUCUCACAGACCUGUUAGUUUUUCUUUAAGAAGCCAUCCUGUUCUUCACUCAUUACCUGUAUUAACUGCACCUGUUUGAACUCGUUACCUGUAUAAAUGACACCUGUCCACACACUCAAUCAAACAGACUCCAACCUCUCCACAAUGGCCAAGACCAGAGAGCUGUGUAAGGACAUCAGGGAUAAAAUUGUAGACCUGCACAAGGCUGGGAUGGGCUACAGGACAAUAGGCAAGCAACUUGGUGAGAAGGCAACAACUGUUGGUGCAAUUAUUAGAAAAUGGAAGAAGUUCAAGAUGACAGUCAAUCACCCUCGGUCUGGGGCUCCAUGCAAGAUCUCACCUCGUGGGGCAUCAAUGAUCAUGAGGAAGGUGAGGCAUCAGCCCAGAACUACACGGCAGGACCUGGUCAAUGACCUGAAGAGAGCUGGGACCACAGUCUCAAAGAAAACCAUUAGUAACACACUACGCCGUCAUGGAUUAAAAUCCUGCAGCGCACGCAAGGUCCCCCUGCUCAAGCCAGCGCAUGUCCAGGCCCGUCUGAAGUUUGCCAAUGACCAUCUGGAUGAUCCAGAGGAGGAAUGGGAGAAGGUCAUGUGGUCUGAUGAGACAAAAAUAGAGCUUUUUGGUCUAAACUCCACUCGCCAUGUUUGGUGGAAGAAGAAGGAUGAGUACAAACCCAAGAACACCAUCCCAACCGUGAAGCAUGGAGGUGGAAACAUCAUUCUUUGGGGAUGCUUUUCUGCAAAGGGGACAGGACGACUGCACCGUGUUGAGGGGAGGAUGGAUGGGGCCAUGUAUCGCGAGAUCUUGGCCAACAACCUCCUUCCCUCAGUAAGAGCAUUGAAGAUGGGUCAUGGCUGGGUCUUCCAGCAUGACAACGACCCAAAACACACAGCCAGGGCAACUAAGGAGUGGCUCCGUAAGAAGCAUCUCAAGGUCCUGGAGUGGCCCAGCCAGUCUCCAGACCUGAACCCAAUAGACAAUCUUUGGAGGGAGCUGAAAGUCCGUAUUGCCCAGCGACAGCCCCAAAACCUGAAGGAUCUGGAGAAGGACUGUAUGGAGGAGUGGGCCAAAAUCCCUGCUGUAGUGUGUGCAAACCUGGUCAAGACCUACAGGAAACAUAUGAUCUCUGUAAUUGCAAACAAAGGUUUCUGUACCAAAUAUUUAAGUUCUACUUUUCUGAUGUAUCAAAUAGUUAUGUCAUGCAAUAAAAUGCAAAUUAAUUACUUAAAAAUCAUACAAUGUGAUUUUCUGGACUUUUGUUUUAGAUUCCGUCUCUCACAGUUGAAGUGUACCUAUGAUAAAAAAUUACAGACCUCUACAUGCUUUGUAAGUAGGAAAACCUGCAAAAUCGGCAGUGUAUCAAAUACUUGUUCUCCCCACUGUAUAUUUCAUCCCCCAUAAAUUCUCAGACCUCUUUAGAAUAUUUAUUUCCCAUGGUAGAAAAAUACGAAAUCCCCCGUUUAGUAAUAAAUAAUUUUCUCUGGGACUUAUUAUUUUGGUGCGACUUUCGAGCGAAUGUUUAUGAUCUACUUUUUGUAAUGAACCAUUUAAAUUAUCCAACCCGUAACCCAGAGUUUUUUAAGACCGUAGUUUCAUGAAACGGAUGGGACAACCAUUGUUUUCUCACGCGACCUAUUUUAGUCCCUUCCUUGAAACAAUUAUCACGUAUUUCGAUGGAUCAUUAGGUCUCACACGUAUACAACCUUAUACGAUUUUUUGCUAACACUAUCCGUAACCUAGAGGUCGUAACUGCUCCAGUUUCAUGAAAUAGACAGAGUUAGAGCAAAUCCCCAGUUGUUUAUGACUCUUGACUUGUUUAAUGUAUCUAUCUCACACGCUGAUAAUUAUCUCCCUUCCUGUUUAUAUUGUAAAGACUGUAUCUCGUACAAUCUCAAUAUUAACUAGUUUAUUUUGUUAAUAGCCAUUUACCUAGAGUAAUUUUCGGACCCUUCUUCCUUCCUUUAUACCCUUAUGAGAUUUUGGUAACUAUUCUCUGCCCUUCACAAGAAUUACUAUUCUUAUACAAGUUCAAAUAAUUACACCAAAAUCCAUGAAUAAAAAUUACUGACCUUCUCCUUGCAGUUCGGAUUUAAAUGGUUUUUCAAAUCUCGGUUAACGUCUUUAUCGUUCAUAAGAUUCAUCACCGGCCUGUUUAUGACCUUAACGUCGAAGGCCAGGUCUAUUCUAUACGGAUGCUAUCAUCCGCCCGUGCACGGUUUUCGGUGUCCUCAGAACGAUAAAGACGUAUUUUGAGCUCCGCUCGAAGGACCAUUUGUCACGAGAAUUUCUAUCUCUAAUUAAUCAAACUUAAUGCUUUGAAUAAUUCCCAGAGGGUGUAAGGCUCUGGUUUAAUCAUGAGUUAAACGAAGGUCCUGCUACCAACAAGAAUGAUCUGUAUGUUUUAAUCAUGGGGAGCUCUCCUGCCAAAAAAUACAUACACAGCCUUUAUACCCCCUGACACACAAAGGCACUUUGCUCCGCCCACCUUUAAACAGCUUCUCAGUCCCCUUCACCCUGGAAUGCUUUCUCAGCUGUUUCUAACUCCUCCCCCUCUGUUAGUGGGUUGACACUACAUUAUAACUCUAACACCGUUCACACAUUUAUACUGUAUUUGGGGUGAAAUCCUUUAGUCAUUAUUCUUAAAAUACAAAUUAAUCUAUCAAGACCUCCAUUUGGCAAAUCUGACCAUAAUUCUUUCCUCCUGAUUCCUGCUUACAAGCAAAAACUAAAGCAGGAAGCACCAGUGACUCGGUCAAUAAAGAAGUGGUCAGAUGACGCAGAUGCUAAGCUACAGGACUGUUUUGCUAGCACAGACUGGAAUAUGUUCCGGGAUUCCUCCGAUGGCAUUGAGGAGUACACCACAUCAGUCACUGGCAUCAUCAAUAAGUGCAUUGAUGACGUCGUCCCCACAGUGACCGUAUGUACAUACCCCAACCAGAAGCCAUGGAUUAUAGACAACAUCCGCACUGAGCUAAAGGGUAGAGCUACCGCUUUCAAGUAGAGGAACUCUAACCCAGAUGCUUAUAAGAAAUCCGGCUAUGCCCUCAGACGAACCAUCAAACAGGCAAAGCGUCAAUACAGGACUAAGAUUGAACCGUACUACACCGGCUCCAACGCUCGUCGGAUGUGGCAGGGCCUGCAAACUAUUACAGACUACAAAGGGAAGCACAGAUGCGAGCUGCCCAGUAGCACGAGCCUACCAGACAAGCUAAAAUACUUCUAUGCUCGCUUCGAGGCAAGCAACACUGAAGCAUGCAUGAGAGCAUCAGCUGUUCCAGACUACUGUGUGAUCAUGUUCUCUGUAGCCGAUGUGAGUAAGACCUUUAAAGAGGUCAACAUUCACAAGGCAGCAGGGCCAGACGGAUUACCAGGAUGUGUACUCCGAGCAUGCGCUGACCAACUGGCAAGUGUCUACACUUACAUUUUCAACCUAUCCGUGACUGAGUCUGUAAUACCAACAUGUUUCAAGUAGACCACCAUAGUCCCUGUGCCCAAGAACACUAAGGAAACCUGCCUAAAUGACUGCAGACCCGUAGCACUCACGUCUGUAGCCAUGAAGUGCUUUGAAAGGCUGGCCAUGACUCACAUCAACACCAUUAUCCCAGAAACCCUAGACCCACUCCAAUUUGCAUACCGCCCCAACAGAUCCACAGAUGAUGCAAUCUCUAUUGUACUCCACACUGCCCUUUCCCAUCUGGACAAAAGGAACACCUACGUGAGAAUGCUAUUCAUUGACUACAGCUCAGCGUUCAACACAAUUGUGCCCUCAAAGCUCAUCAUUAAGCUAAGGAUCCUGGGACUAAACACCUCCCUCUGCAACUGGAUCCUGGACUUCCUGACGGGCCGCCCCCAGGUGGAAAGGGUAGGUAACAAAACAUCUGCCACGCUGAUCCUCAACAAGGGUGCCCCUCAGGGGUGCGUGCUCAGUCCCCUCCUGUACUCCCUGUUCACCCAUGACUGCAUGGCCAGGCACGAAUCCAACACCAUCAUUAAGGCUGCCGACGACACAACAGUGGUAGGCCUGAUCACCGACAACGAUAAGACAGCCUAUAGGGAGGAGGUCAGAGAUCUGGCCGUGUGGUGCCAGGAUAACAACCUCUCCCUCAACGUGAUCAAGACAAAGGAGAUGAUUGUGGACUACAGGAAAAGGAGAACCGAGCACGCCCCCAUUCUCAUCGACAGGGCUGUAGUGGAGCAGGUUGAUACCUUAAAGUUCCUUGGUGUCCACAUCACCAACAAACUAUUAUGGUCCAAACACACCAAGACAGUAAUAAAGAGGGCACAACAAAGCCUACUCCCUCUCAGGAGACUGAAAAGAUUUGGCAUGGGUCCUCAGAUCCUCAAAAACUUCUACAGCUGCACCAUCGAAAGCAUCCUGACUGGUUGCAUCACUGCCUGGUAUGGCAACUGCUCGGCCUCCGCCCGCAAGGCACUACAGAGGGUAGUGCGUACGGCCCAGUACAUCACUGUGGCCAAGCUUCCUGCCAUCCAGGACCUCUAUACCAGGUGGUGUCAGAGGAAGGCCCUAAAAAUUGUCAUGGACUCCAGCCACCCUAGUCAUAGACUGUUCUCUCUGCUACCGCACGGCAUGAAGUACCAGAGUGCCAAGUCAAGGUCCUAAAGGCUUCUUAACAGAUUCUAACCCCAAGCCAUAAGACUCCUGAACAGCUAAUUAAAUGGCUACCUAAACUAUUUGCAUUGUCGGACCGCAGAGUGAAGGAAAAGCAGCCAACAACUGCUCAUUUUACAGUGGGGAAAAAAAGUAUUUAGUCAGCCACCAAUUGUGCAAGUUCUCCCACUUAAAAAGAUGAGAGAGGCCUGUCAUUUUCAUCAUAGGUACACGUCAACUAUGACAGACAAAAUCCAGAAAAUCACAUUGUAGGAUUGUUAAUGAAUUUAUUUGCAAAUUAUGGUGGAAAAUAAGUAUUUGGUCAAUAACAAAAGUUUCUCAAUACUUUGUUAUAUACCCUUUGUUGGCAAUGACACAGGUCAAACGUUUUCUGUAAGUCUUCACAAGGUUUUCACACACUGUUGCUGGUAUUUUGGCCCAUUCCUCCAUGCAGAUCUCCUCUAGAGCAGUGAUGUUUUGGGGCUGUCGCUGGGCAACACAGACUUUCAACUCCCUCCAAAGAUUUUCUAUGGGGUUGAGAUCUGGAGACUGGCUAGGCCACUCCAGGACCUUGAAAUGCUUCUUACGAAGCCACUCCUUCGUUGCCCGGGCGGUGUGUUUGGGAUCAUUGUCAUGCUGAAAGACCCAGCCACGUUUCAUCUUCAAUGCCCUUGCUGAUGGAAGGAGGUUUUCACUCAAAAUCUCACGAUACAUGGCCCCAUUCAUUCUUUCCUUUACACGGAUCAGUCGUCCUGGUCCCUUUGCAGAAAAACAGCCCCAAAGCAUGAUGUUUCCACCCCCAUGCUUCACAGUAGGUAUGGUGUUCUUUGGAUGCAACUCAGCAUUCUUUGUCCUCCAAACACGACGAGUUGAGUUUUUACCAAAAAGUUAUAUUUUUGUUUCAUCUGACCAUAUGACAUUCUCCCAAUCCUCUUCUGGAUCAUCCAAAUGCACUAUAGCAAACUUCAGACGGGCCUGGACAUGUACUGGCUUAAGCAGGGGGACACGUCUGGCACUGCAGGAUUUGAGUCCCUGGCGGCGUAGUGUGUUACUGAUGGUAGGCUUUGUUAAUUUGGUCCCAGCUCUCUGCAGGUCAUUCACUAGGUCACCCCGUGUGGUUCUGGGAUUUUUGCUCACCGUUCUUGUGAUCAUUUUGACCCCACGGGGUGAGAUCUUGCGUGGAGCCCCAGAUCGAGGGAGAUUAUCAGUGGUCUUGUAUGUCUUACAUUUCCUAAUAAUUGCUCCCACAGUUGAUUUCUUCAAACCAAGCUGCUUACCUAUUGCAGAUUCAGUCUUCCCAGCCUGGUGCAGGUCUACAAUUUUGUUUCUGGUGUCCUUUGACAGCUCUUUGGUCUUGGCCAUAGUGGAGUUUGGAGUGUGACUGUUUGAGGUUGUGGACAGGUGUAUUUUAUACUGAUAAUAAGUUCAAACAGGUGCCAUUAAUACAGGUAACGAGUGGAGGACAGAGGAGCCUCUUAAAGAAGAAGUUACAGGUCUAUGAGAGCCAGAAAUCUUGCUUGUUUGUAGGUGACCAAAUACUUAUUUCCCACCAUAAUUUGCAAAUAAAUUCAUUAAAAAUCCUACAAUGUGAUUUUCUGGAUUUUUUUGUCUCAAUUUGUCUGUCAUAGUUGACGUGUACCUAUGAUGAAAAUUACAGGCCUCUCUCAUCUUUUUAAGUGGGAGAACUUGCACAAUUGGUGGCUGACUAAAUAGUUUUUUUCCCCACUGUAUACACAGUGAUCGAGUGGGGAUUGGAACCAGGUGUGUGUAAUGAUGACGAGACAAGUCCGGGGUUGAUGAGUGACAGGCGUUUGCCAGAAGCAGGUUCGGCAGCAGCUAGAAGGCCUGAGCUGGACAGGAGGGGGAGCCAAAGUGAAGGCUGGUGUGACAGUAAUACCUCCUCGGCACCUCCUCGGCACGCUGGAACCAAUCGUCCACCGCAGGAGCCUCAAUCUGACUACAGUGCCAGGGUGCCAGGGCUGGCUGAUAGCCUAGAACACACAGAAAGGGUGUGAGGUUAGUGGAUGAGUGACGGAGGGAGUUUUGUGCAUAUUCUGCCCAAGGCAGAAAUACAGCCCAAUCCCCUGGCUGGUCCUGACAGUAACUACCAAGGUAUCUACCCAGUUCCUGAUUUACGCUUUCCACCUGCCCAUUUGAUUGUGGAUGGUAGCCGGAGGUGAGGCUGACCGUGACACCCAGUCGUUCCAUGAAGGCCUUCCAGACACGGUAGGUGAACUGAGGACCACGGUCAGACACAAUGUCCUCCGGGAUCCCGUAGUGCCGGAAGACGUGAGAGAAGAGAGCCUCCGCGGUCUGGGUGGCCAGACCAGGCAGAGGAAUCAAAUGACAGGCUUUCGAAAACCGGUCUACAACGACCAGGACGGUGGUGUGCCCCUCCGAGGGGGGAAGGUAUGUGACAAAGUCCACUGAGUGAUGGGACCAGGGUCGUUGUGGAACCGGCAGCGGGUGGAGUUUGCCAUAGGGGAGGUGUCUCUGUGUCUUGCUCUGUGCGCAGGUGAAGCAGGAAGAGACGUAAACCCGGAUGUCCCAGGCCAAGGUGGGCACCAGUACUUGGCGGAGAGACAGUCGAUAGUACGGGCUAUACCCGGGUGCCCCGACACAGGUGCUGUAUGUGCCCAGGAGAGGAGAUGGUCCCGCACAUCAGAGGGCACGUAGAUACGCCCCUCGGGACAGUGGGCAGGUGAGGGCUCCUGGGGUUCGGACGGAUGUUCGCGUCCACAUUCCACAUGACAGGAGCCACAAUGCGGGACAGGGGAAUAAUGGGUGUCACUUCCUCCCUCCGAUCCUCUGUGUCAUGUACCCGGGACAAUGCAUCGGCCUUAAUGUUCUUAGAUCCCGGAUGGUAGGAGAGGGUAAAGUCAAACCUGGUGAAGAAUAGGGCCCACCUGGCCUGAUGCGGGUUCAGCCUCUUUGCUGCUCAAAUGUACUCUAGGUUCCGGUGGUCCGUCCAGAUAAGGAAUGGGUGUUGAGCACUCUCCAGCCAGUGCCGCCAUGCCUUCAGCGCCUUCUUGACGGCCAACAACUCACGAUCCCCCACGUCGUAAUUCCGCUCCGCGGGAGACAGCUUCCAUGAGUAGAAGGCACAUGGAUGGAGUUUAGGCGGCAAUCCGGGUACGGUGGGAGAGAACAGCCCCUAUUCCAACCUCGGAGGCAUCCACCUCCACAAUGAAGGGCAGAGACGGGUCAGGGUGAGCCAGAACCGGUGCAUUUGUAACCGUUCCUUGAGCGCACGAAAGGCUUCUUUGACCUCCCCAGUCCAGCCCAGCUGUCGAGAACCUCCCUUCAGGAGGGAGGUGAGACGGGCCACCACUGUGCUGAAACCCCUAAUGAAGCGCCUGAAAUAGUUGGUAAAACCUAGGAAGAGCUGCACCGCCUUGAUGUUGGAGGGAACAUGCCACAACCGUACUGCACUGACCCUCUGUUCUUCCAACUCCACUCCCGCCGUGGAUAUCCGAUAGCCUAGGAAGGAGACCGUCUGCUGGAAGACAAGGUACUUCUCUGCCUUGGCGUACAGGUGAUGCCCUAUCAGCCUUUCCAAACGGACCUGACAUGAGAGUUCACAUGUUGCUCACAUGUGGUGGGGUACACCAAGAUGUUGUCUAUGUACAUCACUACAGAGCGACCAAACAUGUCUCUAAACACCUCGUUAAUGAAGGAUUGGAACACCAAGGGUGCAUUUGUCAGGCCGUGGUGCAUUACUCUAAAUUCGUAGUGCUCGGUGCCGGUGCUGAAGGCGGUCUUCCAUUCAUCCCCCUGUCUGAUACGCACCAGGUUGUAGGCACUGCGUAAAUCAAAUUUGGUAAAGUACUUUGCACCGUGCAUCUGUUCGAUCACAGUGGGUAUGAGAGGCAGGGGAUAACAUAAUUUUCUUAUUCAGUGUCCGGUAAUCGAUACAGGGGCAGAGACCUCCGUCCUUCUUCGUCACGAAAAAGAAGCUGGAAGAGGCUGGAGAGGUGGACGGAUGGAGGAAUCCUUGAGACAACGCCUCCUGGAUGUGGACCUCCAUGGCUUCGGUCUCUGCAUGCGAGAGAGUGUAGAUGUGCCCCCGCGGGAGGGUAGAACCAGGCAGUAGGUCGAUAGUGCAGUCCCAUGGACGAUGAGGGGGCAGGCACAUGGCACAAUUCUUCGAAAAAGCCACCUGUAGGUCCUGGUAUUCCUCCAGGAUAGGGACGUGGGUGGCCUGGUCCGGACUUUCCACGGAGGUGGCACAGAUAGACACCGAGAGACACCUCCCCUGACACUCCUGCGACCAACCCAACAACCUCCUCUCUGUCCACGAUAUGCUGGGGUUAUGCAACUGUAACCAGGGGAGACCUAAAACUACGGGGUGUGCAGGUGGUUCAUGGUGGUUGUGAUCAACUGUGAGGGAAAUGGGAAUCGUGGUCUGGCUCCAGGGGUGGUCCGACUCCCCGCAGUAGGAGCAGAGAUCCUGUUGACGUUGGUGUUGACGUUCCUCUGGGGAAGGUGCGUCGUGCCCACCUCCAUGGGCUCAGUCUCGCUGGUGGUUCCUGGGAGAGACCCGAACCCCUGGGAUGGGCGACGACGGGCACGCAGGAGAUUAUCCAGGUGGAUGGCCAUGGCGAUGAGCUGGUCCAGCGUGAGGUCCUCAUCGCGACAGGCCAGCUCAGUCUGGACGUCUGCCUAUAGCCCGCUGUGGAAAACUGUAAACAGGGCCUGGUCGUUCCAGCCAGUGGACGCAGUCACCGUCCGGAAAUCCAGAGAGUACUCAGACGCUGUCCUGGACCCCUGGCGCAGACGGAGGAGACGCUCACCUCCCUCUCGGCCCACUGUUGGGUGGUCGAAAACAGCACGGAAGAGUUGGGUGAAGCGCUCAUAGGACUGUACUUCUGGACCGUCCCUCUCCCAGACGGCGUGCGCCCACUCCAGAGCCUGUCAGCAUUGAAAUCACCAAGGCCACCUUGUCCCUCUUGGAGGCCGUCCCAGCAUGACGUGCAAGGUGGAGGUCACACUGCAGGAGAAACCCCCUACAGUGAGCUGGGGUGCCGUCAAACCGCUCCGGGAGGGGCAGGAGGACGUUGCUGAUUGGACCGGGUGAUGUAGAUGGUGGUGGGGUGGCUGGAACACCCGUGAGGAGCUGGGAAGGUGGAGUUGUAGCCUACAGUUGGCGUAUGGUCCGGAUCACCUCGUCCAUGGCAGUCCCGAGGUGCUACAGGUACGGAGAGUUCGUGAUGUCCUGCUGCCUCUGUUUUCUGUCACAAUUGUAGAGAGGAGUAGGCAGGAGGCAGUCGCAGGUUUAGAACUACUGAAUGUAUUAAAGCACCAUAGCUUAUGCUGGACAAAACCCACAGUGCAAAAUAUAAAGUACACAGGAAAUAGUAGGAGAGAUUCCUCUCAGGAAAACAAGCAACAUUUACAAUGACUGACAACGACAAACGACAGAGGGAGUAUAUAUACAGUGAUAAAGUGGGGAUUGGAAGCAGGUGUGUGUAAUGAUGACGAGACAAGUCCGGGGUUGAUGAGUGAAGGGCGUUUGCCAGCAGCAGGUUCGGCAGCAGCUAGAAGGCCGGUGACGCCAAACGCCUGAGCUGGACAGGAGGGGGAGCCAAAGCGAAUGCUGGUGUGACACAACUCAACAAGUUCUUCUCUUGUGCCUUAUAGCAGGACAGGUGAGGGUGACUCCUCUCUAUAACGGGCCCAGAGUUGUCUUGGUAAUGAAAAAUGUUCCACUGCUGCAGCAAACCGAGAAAGAGACACAUGAAACUACAGCAUGUACAAGCUAAGCUAUAUUUAGUACUAUAUUUGUACUCCCGAGUGGGGCAGUGGUCUAAGGCACUGCAUCGCAGUGCUAGCUGUGCCACUAGAGAUCCUGGUUUGUGUCCAGGCUCUGUCGCAGCUGGCUGCGACUGGGAGACCCAUGGGCGCCGCACAAUUGGUCCAGCGUCGUCCAAGGUAGGGGAGGGUUUGGCCGGCAGGGAUGUGGGUUCGUUUCCCACGGGGGGCCAGUAUAAAAAUAAAAAAAUAAAAUAAAAUAAAAUGUGGUAUGUAUGCUUUCACUAACUGUAAGUCGCUCUGGAUAAGAGUGUCUGCUAAAUGACUAAAAUGAUUUAGGCCUACUGAAGAAGAAGUACAAACUUUAUUACUUGUUACCAAAUGUUCAACUUUUUGGAUACGCUCUAAAUGGGAACCUCUGGCUGGUGAAGGAGCCUAGUGGUUAGAGUGUUGGGACAGUAACCGGAAGGUUGCUUGUUCGAAUCUCAGAGCUGGCAAGAUGGAAAAAUCUGCCGUUCUGUCCUUGAGCAAGGCAGUUAACCCCAGCAACAUCUGUUCCCCGGGCACCGAUUACUUCAAUUAAGGCAGUUCCCCGCAUCUCUCUGAUUCAGAGGGGUUGGGUGAAACGCAGAAGACAAAUUUCGGUUGAAUGCAUUCAGUUGUGCAACUAACUAGAUAUCCCCUUUCCCUAAUGGGUGGCUUGUGACAGACUGAAAUAGCUGAACUGAGAUAGAUAAGGGAAAUAUCAGUUUUCAUGUUCUCACACAGCUGAUUGUAGUCACUGUCUAUAUUUGACAGUUGAAUGGCAGCGUGCUUUUAGGUGGAUAGUACUUCUGCAUUUAAUUCAAUCCUCAUAAAAUUGGUAUUUGCAUGCAUAUAUAGGAUGAAUAGACAACUCCCUAUCAGAGGAUACAGUAGUACAGUUUUGUUUUACAGUAAGGCAGUUCCUCUUUGUCAACAUCUGUCAGUGAACAGGUGGACAUCAGGUGUCCAUCUUUAAAGAGGGCUGACACCUGCAGCUUUGCCCUUUACCAAUGAAUGCUGUUUACUCUUUCAAAACCUUUUGAACGGUCAAUAUUCUCCUUACAGUUUUGUUUUCACAUGGUAGCCUAGUAACCAUAUUAGUUCUCUGACACCUCUGUAGAGUCUGUGACCUGUGUGUGAACCCUACUGUAGCUCUCCCAUCCCAAAUCAACAGUUAUUCGUCACGUACACAAUUUACAGCAGGUAAGACUGACUGACACAAGUUAGGAGUGAUAGACAAAUGUUUUCUACUGCCUAUUAUCACUCAGACACACACCACUAUUGACAUGAAAACACACAAUAAGAGUUGGAAUGAUAACCUCUGUGUGAAACAGUAAGUUUUUGUUAAUCAAUGGGUUUCAUUGAUUGAGGUUGCGCUAUACAACGUUUCAGUGGUUCUUACAUGUAAUGUCCCUAAGUCCAGUCAAAGUCUCGGUGAUAAUGGUCUGAUAAAGUGUCAAGCUCGGUUUGUAUUCUGGAUGAUAAUUCCUCAUCCUUCUACUCUAUUGUUUUUGAUAGAGGGCCUACCACAGGGUCUACAGCAGUCUACCACAGCAAACCAAACUAAAGACAUACCAUGACCUUCUUCCCCAUCUCCCAUUUAAAUAUACACAUUUUCGCUUAAAUACUUAUUGCCUGAUUUGCAUUUUGUACACGAUCCCAAAGCGGCCAUUCAAUUAGUUGCAUUUAGUAGUUAAAUGCAAAAAGGAUGCAUUUAGCAUGUCCAGGUCCAUGUGGGAUUUUCCCAUGGCUCGUCUUGAACAUGCUGAGGCAGAGAGCGGAUUUGCAUGAAUUGGAGGAGAGUUGAAGCAAGUACUAGAGGCUUCACUGCCAAGUGAAAGUUGUCAAACGGGUACAGUACAAACAGUAACUAUUAAGCAAUUAUCCUGGAAAGGGCACACACUAUACCAGAUUGAUAGUUCAGUCUGCAUUUUCUUUUUAAUAUACAGUAGGUACCAGUAGAUUACAGUAGAUAUUUAACUCACUGCUGUCUAUUGGGCAUGAUUCAUGUUUUUCACUCAUGGAAGAAUUGUCAAUAUUUCACAAAAUAAAAUACAUUUCACAUAGUCAUGUAAAUGUGCAACACCAUCGACCAUCGACCCUCCAUGUGUGUCUGUAUAAUCAGCCCCCACGCAGUCUCAUAUGGAUUUCUUCCAUCCUAUGGUUGGCAACUGUUGUGUAACCUCUUGGCCUCCACUGUGACCCCUGGCUUACUUUUAGACAGAGUUUCCAAUUUGCCCCUUAUCCCUUCCUCUUGACACUAACUCUUGGAGAUCUGAAGACUCUGUACAGGGUCUGGAUAGGUAUAAGCAAUGUAGUGGUGGCGCUUCCACCAUAUUGCUUCCACCUUACAGAUCUGCACACCUUGAAGGGUUAGGGCCAAAGUGAAGUGGUAGGGAGUAAAUUGGGACUGGCUGUGUUUCACACAAUAGAGUGCUGAUUGCAAUAAAACAAAAGUAUCAGGAAAAGAGACAGAUAGAGAUAGACAGUGUCCGUCAGCCAGACCUUUAUCUGUUUGGAAAUUAGCGUCUCUGCGAAAGGGAAUUGACACGGUCAUUUACUGACCCAGAUCCAGCCCAGAGAGGCAUAGCAAGUCAAGUUAAUGUGUCACAGAGGCUAUCUGACGCCAUUGUGAAAUCCUCCAUGCCAGGCGGCCUUGAAGGACCUUAAGGGAGGGUUUUAUGGUGAAAGGGGCUUACCUAAGGGAACGCUGGAGUAUAAGAGGCCUGAUGGCUGAGACGGCGUGGACAUGCUGUUAAAGUACUGAGCCUCCAGACCAUCCGCUCUCAUCUUUACCACGUCAUCCCGACUUCUUCACCUCCUUUUCCACCUCCAGCACCUCCUUUCUACCCCAGCUACUAUUCACCAUGGGAGUCGCUUACAGCAUUGAAGAGUAAGUCACAAUACUUACUAUGGAUACCAAACCUGGACGCUUGAUUUGGAGAAAUAAGGGUUUUGUAGACAAAUCUUGUCCUUUCUUUGCCAGGUUAAAAAUGUAGUUUAACAAGGGCAAUAGGAGGGAUUUUGAUAUUGCAGCUUUUGGGGAUUUUCUUGAUCGUGGGAAUAGCUAGGUCUGUGUCAUCUUCAGCUCCAGCCUCUUCUGCAUGAGGCUUCAGGUCUUGUUAUUGUUCAUGCGGACAAAAUGCAUGUGGGUGGUGAGCCACAAGUAGAGGCUACGUAUGAUCUGAUAGUGGCAUUCCAAUGGGCUGUAAUCAUAUAGUUGGACCCUUAAUUAGCUUUUUUCCUGUAAAAGUUAUUUCUAGGAAGAAGCUAAAAUACUUGUUUUUCCAUGCAGAAAUUGGUUCACUUUAGGCUUGUUUAAAGAUUUCUGGCUUGUGGUUGUUAGAUUAGAUUGUGUUUUAAUCAUAUUGAAGAGGAGUGUGGGGUUUUUUGGUGAAUAUAAUAUCAUUGUAUGUGAUUGCCUCCUCAGGGUUGACCACCUCUACACCAAGGACAACAACAUUAGACACCGCAAAAAUCCCAGCUACCUGGUAGUGGAGAACGACAAGCUAGCUGUGAUUGACAAGUUAUUCCACGACCCUGCUGCCCCUGCCGCCAAAAACUGGGAGGUGAGUUCUGACUCAAGGAUCUAAAGAUGUGGCAUUGCAUUCAACCACCUCUAUCUCUAAUGCAAUGAGAGCAGUUUCUCGUUAUAAAGAAUGGAUUAGACAAAUUAUACACAUAUUAAAUAAUAGAUUUAAGCAAGUUUGAAACUAUUUUUAUUUGACAUUUAUUUAUCCAGGUUAGGUUUGUUGUGAUGAAAUAUCUAUGAACUAUUGUUGCUGCAAGGCACAGAUUUGUUAGCCAUUUUGUUAGCCAUUUUGGUACCAGUCUUCUUCUCCUAACAUUCUACUCCUUGCCACUUCUUCUCAUAUGCUAAACAUGUUUGGCAUAUGGCACGGAGUACAAUGAGUGGAAGGUUAGCAAACACAGACUAGUACCCAGGCUACAGAAUUGUUGGCUCACUGCCAUGAGUAAAACCAUGACCUAUUUUGACAGUUAGCUCAAACCUGGUGAAUACCCCAUAUAUGGGCAUACUUCCCGUAAUUCAGUUCGCUGCAACUGCCAUCCUGCUUUUUCGAGAAAGGAAUCUGGAACACAAAACUAAGGUUUCCACAAGCAGGGCUGCUAUCAGCCAAUGAGAUUUAGGGGUAUGGAAGUUGAAUGAAGUAAGAGAGAGCAUUUGAUGGGUGGAUACAGGUAAUCAGUUCACACUCUUGCCUGUGCCUGUGGUACAUACAGUAUCAUAUACUGAGGCUAUUGUGUUACAUUAUUAGUAUACAUGAGUUGUGUUAGACUAAGAGGAAUAUUAGUAAACAUGAGAUCAAUGCAGGAGAACAUAAAGGUGCUUUACUUUGCAAACAAAUGUAUGGAGCCAUAUGUACAGGUGGGUUGCUAACUAUACUCUGAUUUUUGUAAAUUGUCAUGUUUAGCGUGAGAUAAUGUACUAGUAUGUAUGCUGUUUUUGUUCGUAUUUUUAGAAACACACCUUUAGUAUGACCUAAAUCUGUGAAGAGUAGUUUUAGGGUUGGUCUGCAAAAAUGUUAAUUUCUUGGUGAUAGAAGGGUUGAAGAAAUUAUUGUAUUUAGUCUUUUAUCACCCACCCUCCCUCACUAGUACUGAUUGUGGGUGUAAUUUCAUGUUUUAUGUGUGUUUGUGUUUGAGUCAGUUAAGCACUCAGCCUUAUGUUUUACAAUAUCAGUGUGGUUAAGAAACUCACAGCAGAGAGAAAAAUAGUGUGUUUUAACAGAGAUGUGGUUUCAUGUCCAAAUCAUCCCAAAGUGUCUGAAAUUGAUUGUGUACCUUAAUAAAGUUACUUUAAGAUAAUUUGAACAUGAAAGCGAAAAUGUAUAAUAUCGGGGACAUAACCAGUAUGUCAUUUUGUAAUUUGGGUGAACUUUCCACUUAACAGAGUUUGUGGUUAUUUCCUUGCAGAUCAUCACAGUGAAGGAUUCAGUGAAGCGUCGACGGAGUGUGUGCAGCUCAGUGGAGAGUAACCGCUCUGAGGACGAGGAACCUGAGGACUUCCUUCCUGUUCUCAGAAACCACAGCCAGCUCCUCAACGACCACCACAUCGAGAGUGUGAGUUACUGUUAAACUACACUACAACAAAACACUGUGGCUAAAACAGUCAAUUCUGGCACAUUUACAGAAAUGUUGAUGAAGGUGCUUUGUACCUGUCAAAUAAACCUAAUGAAGUGUAGUACAUGUAAAGUAAAAGUAAAGCAAUCAUCUCACAGCACUAUAUAAGCUACACUGCCAGCUCAUGGGAGGAACUUAGUGCUUUGGUUUGUUUGAUAUGUACAAAGCUAAAUAUGGGACUUUUUUUUUGUUCCGGGCAAUUAAAGUGCACAUACUCAUCUCAGCACUACACAGCUUUGACAUGUGAGUUUAAAUGGGACCUUUCCUCAUCCUCCAUAUCAUCCUCUGUUUCUGAAACCCACAGCUAGCCAAUCACAUGCCAGCAAGGACACAGGGGUAUCCAUGGAAUCUGGUCUACAGCACAGCCAUUCAUGGCACCAGCCUGAAGACUCUGUACAGGCAAAUGGCCCAAAUCGAUAGUCCUGUGCUUCUGGUCAUCAAAGACAUGGAAAAAAAGGUAGACCUCUCAACAACACACUGUUCUACAUGACUGACAUCUAACAUACUAUUACAUCCAUGUACUGCUAUUACAUUGUUAUUACAUCCCAGUAAAAUGCUAAUAGGUUUGUUUUCCUCUCUCUCAGGUGUUUGGUGCCUUCUCCUCCCAUCCCUUCAGAGUGAGUGACUGUUGCUAUGGAACAGGAGAGACUUUUGUCUACAGCUUCGACCCUGAAUUCAAGGUAACACUGCAUACUGUUGUGUGCACGGCUUUGUCCAAAACGGCAUCCUAUUCACUAUAUAGUCCACUUCUACGUUUGACCAGAGCUUACCUUUGUACUAUAGGCAAUAGGGUGUCAUUUCAGAGACAGCCUCUGUCUUUGUAGUUAAUAGGCUGUGAUCCACGUCACAGUAUCAUUUCGCCUGAUGGUUGUGAUGGGUGGCUUUAAUCUGACACCUCUCUCUUCACACAGGCAUACAGGUGGAGUGGUGAGAACUCGUACUUCAUCAGGGGCCAUAUGGACUCUCUACAGAUUGGUGGAGGAGGGUAAGUGUUCAGAAUUUCCUUUAUCAGAAAUACCUAACCCAUUAUCAUCUAAAAGUAAAUCUAGUUAGCUUCCACAAACUCAUUGAUGUCUACAGAUCAGAUAGGCUAAACCACAUCCUUUGGCUCUGGUCUGAUAUAUGUUUCUCUUGUUGACCUCUAGGGGGCGUUUUGGCCUGUGGCUGGAUGCUGAUCUGUACCACGGUGCCAGCUACGCCUGUCACACCUUCAACAACCAGCCCCUGUCCACCCAGCAAGACUUCACAGUGCAGGACCUGGAGGUCUGGACUGUCCAGUGAACAGAGCGAGACACUGAGAGACUCAGAAGCGGAAAAGAGAGAGAGAGAAAAAGCCAGAGCCAUGUCUAUCUAUCUAUGGUUUACAACAUGGCUUUACUUGUGUUCAGUGAGGUUUAGCCUGUGUUCAAGCGGUUAGAGUACAGUAAGCCUAGUACAAUAAGCUUGGUUUAUCCAGUGAUUGUAUAUGAAUGGACAAAGCCAUCAAUCAUGUGACACCAGUCAUUGUAGCCUCCUGUAGCUCAGUUGG